CUGAUCGGUCAUGGGUCUUGUACAUGGGUGAUUUCCUACCUCGGGUCGAUCUGCGCAGGGUGUAUCCCCUGCUGCCUCUUCGAAGAAGACGCGUUCGAGACGCACUUGGCAAACGUGAAGCAUCUGGAGCCCUCGGUCAUCAUAGCGUCCAGCCAGACCGUCGUCCGCUCGUUCUACCACGUCAAGGACGAGCUUCCGUUCCUCAGGAAUAUCGUGUACUGGAACGACAACCAAAAACCUCCUUCACAGAUUCAGCAGAUCCUUGACUUGGAAGAGAAGCGGACUGGGGAUCGAAGAAACAACUGGUACGGGGUGUACACAUGGACUUCGUUCCUCGAUGUUUCCAAGGAUGCAGAACACACGGCGGAGUUGGACAACAGGAAGAAGAAUCUUCGGCCCGGCCGGUGCUGCUGCAUCUUGACCACUCAGGGAACGACGGGCUCUCAGAAGCCCGUCAUGCUGACUCACGACAAUGUUACCUGGACAGCAUCAGCCCUCCAGGCCAACCUGAACCUGACUGUUAAGGACUCGAUCGUUUCCUGCCUGCCCAUGGCGUGUGCGACCUCCCAGAUCUUCUGCCUUCACUUGGCCCUGGUCUCCGGCUGCUCUGUCUCCUUCCCGAUCCGCAACGACGUGCAGUUCUCGGACAUGCUCACGGCCCUCAGGGCCAUCAAGCCUACCCACGUCAUCGCACGUGCUCCCUUCUGGCAGCAGGUCGCCGGCAUCGUCAAGUCUCAGAUCACAGAAGCGCACGGCACCAAGGCCAAGACCUUCUCCUGGGCCCUCGAGCGAGGCAAGUCCGUGGCAGAAAAGCAGCAGGGGAUCGGGCUGGCGAGCGGGCAGCCGAACUCGUCCAAGGGGGCGUCAUGGGGGCUGGCGAAGAGGCUGGUGUUCUCAAAGAUGUGGGAGACGGUCGGGCUCGACGAGUGCAGGUACGCUGCAUGCUUCGGGCCAUGCGUGGACAGCGACACACUAGACCUGCUUGCGAGUAUAGGAAGGCCCGUCCUGUGCAUGUACGGAGCGACUGAGACGAGUGGAGUCCAGGGACUCACGAUACUGACCAAGACUCACAGCAGCUCGCCCAAGUUCCGGCACGGAUACUCUGGCAGAGCUCUGCCAGGAACGAAGAUCUUGUUCCGGAAGCAGGCCGGGGAGGUCUCGCCGGAGUGCGAGUUACAUGAGCUCGAGGUCGCAGGGAGGAACGUGAUGCUGGGGUACUACAAACAGGCGAAAAGAUGCUUGCAAGUGUUCGACGAUGAUGGUGUCUUCCGGACCCACGACAUCGGCAAGAUCGAUUCGGACUCGAUGCUGAUCAAGAUCGAAUGCAGGGACACUGAGAUCAUCACUCUCUCAACCGGAAAGCAAGUGUCGGCUUGCUUCUACGAGGCGUACCUGAAGCAGUUCCUCCCCUUCGUCAGUGGGGUCGUCAUGAUAGGGAACGGCAUGCCGUUCGUGUCUUGCCUGAUCACGCUCCCUCUCAAAGCCAAGCAGCCGAGCACGACGAAGCAGGAGGUCUACCUGGACGACGAGUUUAUCAAGUUCCUUCAGCACAAGAAUAUUCGUAUCCACACCAUCCAAGAUGCUCGCAAGAGCGACUCGUUCACGUCCCUUCUGAUCCAGGGAGUCCAACGGGUCAACCAGUCUCUCCCCCCCUUCUACCCGGCCAUCAAGAGAUUCUCCAUCCUUGGUCGGCAGUUCUCCGUGGAAGGAGGGGAGUUGACGCCGCUGCAAGAGGUACGACGC